AUGUGGGGAACUAAGAUGAUGAGACAAAGAUACGAGAUUCUUCUGAACGCGACUGGCCAGGACGAAGCAUCGGUGGCCUCCACCAAUCUCUCCUUCAUCUGGACAUCCGUCACAAACCUCGUUCCUUCAUCGAUGAGCAUGGCCAUCCAUGUCUUCCAGUCUCAGUCACUUCUCAGGUCCAUACAGGAUAGUCUUUCCAAACUGUCCCAACUGCCAAGCACAAAGGAGCUGGAAUCUGUCCCUCUUCUGCUCGCCACUUACGCAGAGACCUUACGUUUUGGCGUCCAGAUCCACAUUCCGCGGAGCGCACCGUACCAUGAUCUACACAUCAAUGGUGUGACAAUCCCCAAGAACAGUCUGAUCAUAGUGAACACGCACCUCGCACACACAGAUUACCGAGUGUGGGAUAAUCUGGGCGGAAAGCGACCACUUGACGAAUUCUGUGCUGAGAGGUUCCUUGUCGAUCCCAUGGACCCGUCGAGCGGCCCUGCAAGACAGAAGGUGGUCAACAAGACAGAUGUGGAUCAGGAUGGUGUUUAUUUCUCAAGUGACGGGCUCCAGGGUGCAUGGAUUCCUUAUGGGGGUGGCCACCAAGCCUGCCCCGGCCGGAUUUUCGCCAAACGUGUGAUGCUGUUUUCGACCGCUAUCCUCGUCAAAGAUUUUGAAAUUGAGAUACUGGCUGAUGAAAAGGCGCUGAAGUUUGGACAUCGGCGCUUUGGGCUUGGCGUGAGCACGCCGGCUGGACCCGUGCCCUUCAGGAUCCGGCGCAGGAACCACGUGUGCACCCCUGAAUGUGCCUACUUUGUGGACACUUGA